AUGGAAAAGACUCAUAAAGGAAGGCAACCUUCCAACUCAUCCCUUGACUACAACCCAUUUGACCUUCCGGAAAAUUACUAUGGACCAAGAACCAACCCCGCAGCCGUGCCUAAGAACUCCAGGCUCGGUAGGGUUAGAACUCUUUCUCUUGUUGAAACAAACCUGUUGAGACACCUUAAGGGAUUCUCGGACGAUGAAGACGAGUCAGCUGCUGGUGAAUCUUCCGAUGGGUAUGAGGAGCAUGAUCCCAAUGAAGCUCCAACCCAGUUUAAGAACGUCUUCCCAUUUAGACAACCUUUCGCCGAAAAUAGUCACAGUUUGGGAGAUCUCAGUGAAAGAAGCUCCGAUACUGGUUCCGGUACGGCUUCACCAGAGACAGCCUCGACUGUUGACUUUCUGUAUGAUGAAAAACGUCCAUCCAUUUUACCUAUAUACGGUGAUUUGUCGAAUGAAUCGUUAAAUGACCAAUCGGCACCUAAAGCGGACAAGGAAGUCCAGAAGUCUGUGGAAAGGCACUUGAAGAAGUAUAAGCAAAUAAAGCAAAAGUUUCAUCGUUACAGAAGAGCAUCUGCCGAUGAUUCUUACUUUACCGAACCGAAGAAGUUCUUCAUUAGUGACAUUGAUUUAACUUUAAAAGAAUUACUUGAGAAUGAAGAUACAGACCACAACUGUCAAAUCACCAUUGAGGACACAGGCCCAAAGGUAUUGAAGUUGGGAACUGCCAACUCCAAUGGUUAUAAGCAGCAUGACAUCAGAGGUACUUAUAUGCUUUCUAACUUGUUGCAAGAAUUGACUAUUGCUAAGAAAUUUGGCAGAAAGCAAAUGAUAUUAGAUGAAGCUAGAUUAAAUGAAAAUCCUGUUGACAGAUUAAACAGAUUAAUCACCACUCAAUUUUGGAAAGCCUUAACUAGACAAGUUAGUGAUAAGAAUAUUGCAGAGAUGGCUAGAGACUCAAAGAUUCAGGAGGAAGUUAUAGACCCAAAAACUGGAGAAAUUCUCAAGUCGCAAGUCAGUCAUAGAUUGUAUAUCCCUUACGAUAGGGAAGAUCAGUACAAGUAUUAUAUCCAUCUCAGAGACUCUAACCCAGAUGUGAACUUAGAUGUUCAAUAUUUGCCAAAGGUUAUAGAUGGAGAGUUUGUUAAAUCCAUCAACAAGAAACCAGGGUUGUUAGCAUUGGCUUCUAAGCAUGAUCCAGCUGAUCCAACAAAACUUAUUAGUCAACCAUAUGUUGUCCCUGGUGGCAGAUUCAAUGAAUUGUAUGGUUGGGAUUCAUACAUGGAAACAGUGGGUCUUUUAGUUAGUGCAACAUCUCAAGCAAAUGCUGAAUACCUUAGACUUUCAAGAGGAAUGGCUGAAAACCAUAUAUUCGAAAUCGAUCAUUAUGGUAAGAUUUUAAAUGCCAACAGAUCAUAUUACUUAGGUAGAUCUCAACCUCCAUUUUUAACUGAUAUGUCUCUUCGAAUCUAUAACAAGACCAUUGAAUUAUACGAAGGUGAUGCAGACGUUGAGGAAGAUGCAAAGAAUUUCCUUGCUAGGGCAACAAGAUCUGCAAUCAAAGAAUAUGAAACUAUCUGGUGUCAUGAACCAAGAUUGGAUAAGGAGUCUGGCUUGUCGUGUUAUCAUCCAGAAGGUAAGGGUAUUCCCCCAGAAACCGAAGCAACACAUUUCGACUCUAUUUUAGAACCAUAUGCUCAGAAGUAUAAGGUCACCAAGCCAGAAUUUAUUGAAAUGUACAAUAAUGAACUUGUAUCUGAACCAGAUCUUGAUAUCUACUUCUUACAUGAUAGAGCUGUUAGAGAAUCAGGUCAUGAUACCAGCUAUAGACUUGAAGGGAAAGCAGCAUAUUUGGCUACUGUUGACUUAAAUUCUUUGUUGUACAAGUAUGAAACUGACAUUGCCUCUGCGCUUGAGAAACACUUCCUCAACGAUGACAAAUAUAAGGAAUUAUUUGCUAAUGAAUCUGUUGCUAAGUGGACCAAGAGAGCUGAAGAUAGGAAGCACAAUAUUACCAAAUAUAUGUGGAAUGAAGAAGAAGGUAUCUUCUAUGAUUACGAUGUCAAGAAACGUAAGAUGACAAAUUACGAAUCAGCUACCACAUUCUGGCCAAUGUGGUCCAAGGUGGCUUCAAAGGAACAAGCUGCAAAGUUAGUGAACCAAAGUGUAUCAAAAUUCGAGGAGUAUGGUGGAUUGGUUUCAGGAACUUUGAAAUCGAGAGGUCCCAUUGGGUUGGAUCGUCCAUCUAGACAAUGGGAUUUCCCAUACGGGUGGGCACCUCAACAAAUCUUGGCUUGGAUUGGCUUCCAAAACUAUGGCUAUGAGGGUGUGACUAGAAGAUUGAGUUACCGUUGGUUAUACUUAAUGACACAAGCUUUCGUUGAUUUCAACGGAGUUGUUGUCGAAAAGUACGAUGUUACCCAAAGAAUUGCACCCCAUAAAGUUACUGCUGAAUAUGGUAAUCAAGGGUCUGAUUUCAAGGGUGUUGCUACUGAAGGUUUUGGCUGGGUUAAUGCAAGUUAUAUAUUUGGAUUAACCUUUGCUAACUUACAUGCAAAGAGAUGUCUCGGGACUUUGACAGACCCAGAAGUCUUUUUGAAACAUUUGAACUCUGAGCAAGCUCGGUUGUAUGACGACAGAUUGACAGAAUGA